AUGAGUCAAACGUCGUUGCAGAGAUGGACUCCUCAGCCUGUCUUAGAUACAACCACGUCGUUGCAACUGCUUGACCGCAAAUUGCAGCAAAGCUUGCCUGUCAGCACGGCCGCCACGGGGAGAUCAGAAAGCUACACGACCACUGACUUCUCGACCCCGAGGAGACAAAUUUUGUGUUUACAGCAGGGCCCGGAGGGAAAGGUUCCGGCCUUUAUUAUCAAAUACAAGGCGCCUCACAAGGUCUCCCUAGCUCACAUCAGGGCUGGACUCCAGGACAUAGACCUUGAUGAGGUUCUUUGUCUGCAAGGCGAGGAAUUACCAGAGGACAUCUGUCGUCGUAUUGUGGCAGCAAUUAUUGUUUAA